GAGAAACCACUUAAUCUUGAGAAUGAAAAAGAUUGCUAAGUACCCUGAAAGAGAGAUAGAGAAAAUUGGCUGUUCAUAUGAUUUCCUCAAGGAAACCAUCAAGAAUACUCCAUAUUUUUGCAUCAAGAGUGUUGCACAAAGUUCUGUGCAAAUUAAAGUAGUAAGCAACCCACUGAUAAAAGCCAUAGCAAUUUGUCAAGACAAAAAUGCUAUUUGGCAUCAAGAUUUGGAAGAUGUAUUUGUUGUGAUAGACAAUUAUGGAAACAGGAAAGACACAUGCUUUCUUGGACUCUUUGAUGGUGCCAAUGGAAUUUCUGCUGCUCAGACAACAUCCGCUGAAUUUCCUCUCUUACUUCUUGACCAGCUUUCUCGUGGAGACUCCUCCUAUGAAGUGAGUCAAGCUGAAAGAAAAGUGCUGAAUUCAUUUUGCACCAUCUUUAGGGCAGAUUACAAACUAAGAGAGCUUAUUUUUACUGCUAGAAGUGUCAAGAGAAAGAGAUUUAGCCCUAAGACUCAUGAAUGGGUUCACAGAGCAUACGCAAAGUCUUUCUGGCGCAUGGACAGACUUUUGCGGCUUGGGAGAAAUGAAACAUCAAGAGUUCGUUGGAGUAGCUGCACAGCCGUUACUUGUUUAGUGGAAACAAUAAGCAAUACAAAGCAAAAACAAGAUGAAGAUGGAGAGAAAAGUUCUGAAACACUAAUACAUGAAAAGCAACCAUGUGCCACAGAACAGGAAGAAGAGUUGCCUGUAAGGAUCAAAGGAGCAAAGAGAAAAAGUAACAUAGGAGAAGAGGCAGGCAGCACCACAGAAGAGCAGAGAGAAGAGCUAAUUGAGAGCAGGAAUGAGGAGGAACAGAUCAGCAUACAAGGAGAGAAAAAACUGCCAAAAGAGAUGUGUGGAGAGAACUCUAGCACUGAACACGAUAUGGGUAAAAUCAUAGAAAUGGAAAGAGAUGAGCCACCUGGAAACAUGAAUGCCGAGAAGGAAGAAAAUAUCAUACUACAGGAAGAGUUGUCUGAAAGGAUACUUGGAACACAGAAGGAAAGCAACACAGGAGAAGAGAUAGGUGGCACCACAGAACAGCAGAGUGAGAAAACAAUUGAGAGAAAGAAUGAAGAGGAAGAACAGAUACAACAAGAAGAGAAAGAACUGCCAAAAGAAAUUAGUAGAGAGAACAGAAAAAGCAGCAUUGAAAAAGGUUUGGGUGAAAUCAUAGAAAUGCAAAGAGAAGAGCCACCUGAAAAUAUGAAUGACAAAAAGGAAAAAUAUAUUACACCAACGGAAGAGGAGUUGUCGGAAAUAACUGGAGCAAUGACAAAAAGCAACACAGGACAAGGGAGAGGCAGUAUCACAGAUUAUCAAAGAGAGGAACCAAAUGAAAGAAUGACUGAGCAUGCAGAGAACCACAAUGUUGUACAACAGGAGGAGGAACUGCCUGAAAGGAUAAUCAAAGGAAAUAGAACAAGUAACAUCGAACAAGGGACAAGGAGCAUUAUCAUGGAGCAACCAAGAAUGGAGUCAGCUGAAAAAAUGAAUGCCAGUAAAAAAGAGCAAGAUGUCAUUCCACAGGAGGAAGAAGAACAGACUGAAUUGACAGUCAGAGAAACUGAGCAAAGCACCAUGGAUGAGCUGCAAGAAAAGACAUGGGAAAUAAAGAAGCAAAUGACAAAGGCAGAAGUUGAGCAGAGCAUAAAUCAGAAAGAUGAAACUCAAGAAGUAGAUCCACUUGAAAACAUUCAACGUUCAGAUGAACCAAGUGCUGGAGUCAUUCAUAUUGCUAACAUUGGUAAUGUUCAUGCAGUUUUAUGCAAAAACGGGGAGAGUUAUUGGCUUACUAAAGAACACACCACUUACUCCAGAAAGGAAAAGAUACGUGUUAUUCGGAAUGAUGGACAAAUCAGCAGUAAUGAACCCAAAGGAUUGAUAGAGGGACUUACCAAAAAUACUCGUGGUCUGGGCCACCAUGGAAACCCUCAGUUGAAAAAAACAGUUAUUCCUGUACCACAUACAAUCUCCUUUCCUGUUGAUGACUCGUGUCAGUUUCUUAUUUUAGCUACCAAUGGACUUUGGGAAGUUCUAGAUAGAAGGGAAGUAGUACUGUUAACUUUAACAAUGUUUUCAGCUUAUUUGCAAAAGUAUCACCAACAACAACUAAAGAAAAUCCGCAGGGCCAAAAUUUCAAAGUUUCCAUUGAGGGACAUGGAGGAUGAAUUCUAUUUAUGGUAUUCAAAUGAAGGUUUUUUCGAAGACAGAGAUAAAACAUUCAGCCAAAAUAAUGCGCCAUUGCCCCCAAUAAACAGUGCCACAAGAGAGAAAACACCAAUUCAGUCAAGAGUUUUUGUAACAAAUUCAGAAGAUGAAGAAUCAGAAAGCUCUUUAGAACCACCUUCUAUCAGUCUAUCAUCUUCUGAAGAUACAACAGAAAGACUAAGGAAUGGAGUAGGAUCUGGAGCUCCAAGUAAAAUACGUGAUGACAAAAGCGAUGAAUCUUCACAAAUAGCAAAAGAUUCGGAAGGAAAUUCUAGGACAUUUUAUGACCUUGCAGCGAAAUAUAUUAGCAAGCAUCUUGUAACAGCUGCACUAAAAGCAGGUUCCAGAGAUAAUAUUACUGUUUUUGUUGUACUCUUAAAUGGAUGUGAUAAGAUACCUACCUAUAAUUUAUAAUAUUUAUGAGAUUGAAAAGUCGCUGUCAAUUCCCUUAUGCUUUAAAAAACUGACAAUAUUUUUUAAAAUGUUAAGAAGACUAAUUACAAUAGUUUCCAUUUUAUACCACUUUAUUCAAACCUGAGCACCUCAAUAUAAAACUAAACACUGGUGAACUGUCAUUUUCCUUGCUAAGCCCAAAUGACUGCAAAUUUACAAUCUGCACAAGUAAGUUUCUGCUAGCAGUUCAACAUUUAAAUAGAUUAAAUCAUCUUCUCUGACACUUGGUAAAUUUCAUAUAAUGAAAAUAACUAAAGAAUUAGUGCAAUAUACUGGACAGAUCAAAAUAAAAUGGAC